AAGCCCCAGUCUUAGAAGGACCCUUCAUCUUAAUGUGUUGGGGCAGAGGUUGGUUCAAAGGAUGGGGGAGGCAUAGCUAUGAUUAGACUCCAUUUCCCAGUAGAGGUAUCAAUGUCAUCCCCCAUGUUAUUGAGCUUGGCCAGAGCUGUGAGUGUGUGUGUGUGUGUGUGUGUGUGUGUGUGUGUGUGUGUGUGUGUGUGUGUGUGUGUGUGUGUGUGUGUGUGUGUGUGUGUGUGUGUAUGGGGGUAUUAUAUUCCCAGUCUUGUGCAUUUAGCUCAUGUCCAUGUAAAACUAUUAACAGCACUGAAAAAGAGGCAAGGCUUGUUCUUGCUCCAACAGAGGGUACUGUGUAUCUAUAUAUCUACCCAUGGUCUGUGUUGGUUAUCUUCCCUGUGAGGCCUGUUAAAGGGUUGACAUAUCUACCCAUGGUCUGUGUUGGUUAUCUUUCCUGUGAGGCCUGUUAAAGGGUUGACAUAUCUACCCAUGGUCUGUGUUGGUUAUCUUUCCUGUGAGGCCUGUUAAAGGGUUGACAUAUCUACCCAUGGUCUGUGUUGGUUAUCUUUCCUGUGAGGCCUGUUAAAGGGUUGACAUAUCUACCCAUGGUCUGUGUUGGUUAUCUUUCCUGUGAGGCCUGUUGAGUGGUAGACAUAUCUACCCAUGGUCUGUGUUGGUUAUCUUUCCUGUGAGGCCCGUUGAGUGGUAGACAUAUCUACCCAUGGUCUGUGUUGGUUAUCUUUCCUGUGAGGCCCGUUGAGUGGUAGACAUAUCUACCCAUGGUCUGUGUUGGUUAUCUUUCCUGUGAGGCCCGUUGAGUGGUAGACUACCUGUACCAGGAGUUCUCAGAGAAGCUCUCUCCAUCUCGCCUCACAGAACAGACUGUCCCCACUGUUGCUGUGACUACCGGCAAUCGUCAUGGCAACCUGCAGUGGACGAGGGAGGAGGGAAAGGAAUGUGUAAAAGCACCGGGUGAAAAGAUCAACUCUAUUUAAUGGUAUUUAAUGCUAUUUAGUGGUAUUUAGUGGUAUUUCAUGGUAUUUCAUGUUAUUUAAUGGUAUUUAGUGUAUUUUUAAUGCCAAAUGAAUGGUAAAACACUAAAGUCUAUUCUGUUGAGUUUGAAUGCCUAUUACCAAACUGGCUUCCUACAGUGUGAAGGUAAACAUAUGAGCCAGUAUAUGUGGGAAUUUGGUUCUCUGUUUUGUAGCCCUCUCUUCGAGAUGUAAAACAAACAAUGAAAAUAUAAUGGAUUUAAACAGUGUAAUUCCAGAUGUUGAAAACACUUUGCAUUGUAUUGUAUGGACAUGAAUAUUUCGAUAUGACCUAAAGGAGAACGGACAGGCUCUAUGGUUUUGGAAAACAUAUUUCUGUCUAGGCCUACAUAAUAACCCACUAAUUACAUAUGGUUUGUGAGUAACACCUUGCUCCUACCUUUUCCUGAGGGUAGGUAGGAGUUGCUUUUCCCCCCUCCUGAAUAAAUAGAUUGGAAUCAAUACAUAAUCAGUUCCUUACUUAAUUCCAAGCAGUAUGUGGCGCGUUAAAGAGGAACUCUUGUGAAAAUGAGCCUCUUCUAUUUGAAUAUCUGUUCUGAGGUUCUGGUUAUAGUUCUGUAGAUCCAUGUUGGUCCAAAAACACUUUUGUGCCAUAUCUAGAUCUGAUGUUGAACUAUCAGAACUAGGUUGAAAGGGAAGUAAGAAAAACAACAACAAAAACAUGCAUGUGCAUUGUGUGUGUGUGUGUGUGUGUGUGUGUGUGUGUGUGUGCUAGUUCUUGAGUGUGUGUGUAUAUGUGCGCACACGUGUGUUUGUAUGUGAGCAUGCAAGUGUGUGUCCCGGUCCCAUUUGACUCCCACUGGUCACUGCCCCCCGCCCCCCCCCGACCACAGACACUCUAAUUCCUCUCUGAUUACCAUUCUACCGUUGGUAAUUAAACCUGGGAGGAUAACAAGGUCACUUACCAGGUUAAAGGGAAAGGUCAUGGCAUCACACACACACAGACACACACACACAUACACACACACACACACACACACACAUGAACGCACAAACACACAUGCACGCGCACACAUGCAUGCAGGAGAGGGGGUUAGGUUCUCCUGUUUCUCAUGGCACUUUACUAUAGAAAAGUACUUCUAAGAAGUUCAAGAUUAGCCUGCAAGUUUAUGUUGUGGUGAACCAGUGACCACAGACCCUCCGACCAACCCCAACCCCAACCACCACCACCCUGAACAACUCUCUCUCCACUACCAAACACCACCACCAUGAACAACUCUCUCUCCACUACCAACCACCACCACCCUGACCAACUCUCUCUCCACUCCCAACCACCACCACCCUGACCAACUCUGACCAGAGACAUCUGUCAGGUAAUCGGAUGUUGCAGUAAAAAAAAUAUAUAUAUACCCUCCUCCUUCUUCUCCAUGCAAGAAUGAGGAAUAGUAUCUGUUGUCUAUUUCACUGGAUCAUCACUCUCAAUGAGAAGACUCAUUCAUGUAACAUUUCUACCUCUCUCUCACCAUAUACUGUGAACAUCAAGCCAGAAAGGACAGACCAUGUAAGAAGUAUUUAGGACAGUAUAUGACUGGAUUGAAUCUGUGAAGGCUGUUGAUCUCAUGUGCACCUAUUGUGGUGUAACACCAUUCUCCAAGCUGACUGCUCUAUAUCUAUGUCCCUGUCCCUGUCCCUGUCUCUGUCUCUGUCUCUGUCUCAUUCUCUAUCUCUCUCUCUGUCUCUGUCUCUGUCCCUGUUCUCUGUCUCUGUCCUCUGUCUCUGUCUCUGUCUCUGUCUCUCUCUGUCCCUGUCCCUGUCUCUGUCUCUGUCCCUGUCCCUGUUCUCUCUCUCUCUCUCUCUCUCUCUCUCUCUCUCUCUGUUUCUGUCUCUGUCUCUGUCCCUGUCCCUGUCUCUGUCUCUGUCUCUGUCGUCUGUCUCUGUCGUCUGUCUCUGUCUCUGUCUCUGUCCCUGUCUCUGUCGUCUGUCUCGUUCUGUCUCUGUCUCUGUCUCUGUCCCCUGUCUCUGUCUCUGUCUUUGCCUCUGUCCCUGUCUCUGCUGUCUGUCUCGUUCUCUGUCUCUCUGUCUCUGUUCUCUCUCUCUCUCUUUCUCUCUCUCUCUCUCUCUCUCUCUCUCUCUCUCUCUCUCUCUCUCUCUCUCUCUCUUGCUCUCUGUCCCCUGUCUCUGUCCCCUGUCUCUAUCUCUGUCUCUGUCUCUGUCUCUGUCCCUGUCUCUGUCUCUGUCGUCUGUCUCUGUCCCUGUCUCUGCCGUCUGUCUCGUUCUCUGUCUCUCUGUCUCUGUUCUCUCUCUCUCUCUCUCUCUCUCUCUCUCUCUCUCUCUCUCUGUCUCUGUCCCUGCUCUCUGUCUCUGUUCUCUCUCUCUCUCUCUCUCUCUCUCUGUGUCUGUCUCUGUCUCUGCUCUCUCUCUCUCUCUCUCUCUCUCUGUCUCUCUGUCUCUGUGUCUGUCUCUGUCUCUGUCUCUGCUCUCUCUCUCUCUCUCUCUGUUUCUGUCUCGGUCUCUGUUCUCUGUCUCUGUCUCUGUCUCUGUCUCUGUCUCUGUCUCUGUCUCAGUCUCAGUCUCAGUCUCUGUCUCUGUCUCUGUCCCCAGCCCCAGCCCCAGCUCCUACAGGGCAUACUCUGUCUAAUACUGACCCCUUCUGUCCUCCGUAUGAAGAGCAGCAAAAUAGUGUGGUUUCCUUUGUCUGCAAUUUAUUGAAUUGGGGGGUACCUUCUUUCUCCUGAAGUGUACACUCGUUCACUGCACUCGUUCACUACCACAGAUCUAAACGCAUUGUAUAGGUGGAGACAUGGCCUUGAGGGAGUUUCCAACAUAUUUGUUAUACCAGUUAUACUUACUUUCAAAUCAGUGAAGGGAAGUGAACAAGUGCACACUUUGGGAGGAAGGAGAGAUAAUUUGGGACGUAGUCCUGGUGGUUAAUAAACAACCUCUGUGUCUGAUGCUAGUGUCAGAGCAGAGAGCAGAGGUAGUCAGUGUCCUCAGAGCUCUCUCUCUCAUUCUGACUCAGCACGGCAACAGCACGGUAACAUGGCUCACCGCCGCUACGAGGGCAAAGAGCAUGCCGCCUCCUACCUGAAGUACAGGGUGUCCCCCCCACAGGAACUGAUCACAGAGAUACUGGGAUUUCUUGAGAAAAUGGUAGGGGCCUGCGUGUGUGUGUGUGUGUGUGUAUGUGUGUGUGUGUGUGUGUGUGUGUGUUUGUGUGCGUGCAUGGAAUGUAGUUAGCCCCUAGACCCUUGCCCUGCAACAAUGAUUUUUGUGAACAUUUUGCUUGUGUAAGCCCAAAACUAUCUAAUCAUAUGUGCUUGGCUACUAUAAUGCCACCUACCUGGAUUUAAUACUGUAAUUUGUUUAUUGACAGAUGAAGAAAGUCUAUAAAACUGUAUAACACUGAUAUAACGCUGAUAUAACACUGAAAUAACACUGAUAUAACGCUGAUAUAACAUUGAUAUAACACUGACUUCUGAUGUUAUUAUCACUUCAGAAAGGAAGGCCGUUUGACCUUGCCGUGGACGUAGGCUGUGGCUCGGGACAGGGGACAGUUCUACUGGCCCCUCACUUUACCCAUGUGGUCGGGACAGACAUCAGCCCCGCCCAGCUGGAGGUGGCUCUGGCCAAUAGCAGCGCCCCAAAUAUCUCCUACAGGUGAGAAGUGGGAGGUGCAUGCAGGAUAGUGGACGGGACUUGCUUUGUUGUCAUAGCAAGGUUCAAGGUCAAGUCCAAGCUCAUACCGUGAAAUGUUUUUUAUGUAUUAUAUGUCUGUCAGGAAUGUUGGUACUGUUGACAGACAACAGUGUCUAUUGGACAAUAAAGUAUUCAUUCAUUCCUUCUUCUUAUUUAGGUGUAAUUAUCAUUGAAACAUCCCUGUAGUUUUAACUAGCAACAUAACUAACUCAGACACUUUGAGGUCCAAAUAUCACCAAUUAAACGUCCAAAAUGUGUAACCAUUUAACCAGUGUGGUUCCAUUAUCGUCACAUCUCCCAUAACCCCACAGGCAGUGUCCUGCAGAGGAGCUACCGUUUGCUGACGGCGGGGCUGACUUGGUGACGUCCAUGACCGCGGCCCACUGGUUCAACCGUCCACGGUUCCUCCAGGAGGCAGACAGGCUGCUGAGGCCGAGAGGGUGUCUGGCUCUGAUCAGUUAUACCCUGGACAUGGACCUGGAGUACGGACAACACUCCCACACUCUUACUGACAUCUGUCAACAGGUCAGAUACCAAACCACUGAGCAAUUGAUUGAAUUUAUAAGAUAAUUAAAAGUAGUAGGCUGCUCCAGCAGGAGACAACAUUACAGACAAUCAACUGACCAACUGACUAUGUAUAGAAGUCCCACUAUCUCAGUGUUAAAUUAACAAUUGGGACUCAUAUGUACUCUGUGACAGUGUUAAAUGUAACACUCUCUGAGUUCAAUGUACACUGGGAUCUGGCCUUCUAUGAAGUGUGCAAACUUUGUGGCUUCAGAGUAUGAAAACAACGGGAACGUAAUACUACCUUAUUCAUGUCCCCCUUCAGUUCUACAAGAUCCUGCUGCCAUUUCGCAGUGCUCACUUAGGUACUACCACUGUCCCUCUCUACAAACAGAUGUAUGACUCAUGCCCGUACCCAGACAAAGAGUGGUGAGUGCUGCUGAAAAGCCAAGGUACCCAAAGACUGCUAUAUCUUGCCGGCUCUGUAUCUACUGUAACUAUAAUAGUAUACUAGCAUAGGCUAGCAUAGCCUAGCCUAGAGUAUCAUAGCCUGGCCUAGAGUAUCAUAGAAUAACAUCGCUUAGCCUAGUGUAGAAUAGCCUAGCUUAGCCUGGCCUUGCCUAGCUUAGCAUAAAAUAGUAUUCUGCUGGUGUUCAGUGUUUUUGCAUUGCUCUCUCCAGGCAUGAGUGUCUGCGGGUGAGGAGACCAAUGCCUCUGAAUGGCUACAUUGGCAUGGUGGAGACCUUCUCUAGCUUUCGGGCCUUGCUGAAGCAGGAUCCAGUGGAAGCCCACAGGUUAUCCCAGGAGUUCAGGAACAGGUGAGCUUCAGCAUUCAUGUGCUAAAAAUGUAGUGGGUCAAUUAAAUUGAACGUGCCUUUAGCAAUGUUUACUCCAUUUUUGAAAACUACUGUCUGCACACUUCUAUCACAAUUAUGAACACUGGAAGCAACUAUCUAUUAUUAUUAUUUUUUACAAAAUUCCAUAAAUACUGCAGUGCGGGUUGGUUUAAAUUGAGCCCCGAGUUGAAUUUCUCAUCUCUAAGAAAGACUUAGUGACCUGAUGACCAUCUUCUUUGACUAUCACUCACUCUGUUCCACUCCUCCUCUUCUGUCCUAGGUUGCUGUCUGUGAUGGGGGAGUCGAGUCCAGAAACAGAGAUCACAGUGGUGGUCAAGUAUUUCUACUGGCUGGCUUGCAAACCUGCAGCAGCCUGUUCUGGGGCAACGAAGCAGCAAUACCCACAGACCCGUGUCUUCACUUGAUGUUUUGUGUUGCGUUCAAUGGUAAAGAAUAAUACUUUUUUUUAAAUAAUAACAUUCCAACAAAUAAGACCACAUAUUACAUUCAACUUAAAUCAUUAGCCCAUCAAUAAAGUCAAAAUGAAAAGUGUACCCACAUGAACUCCAAUAUCACCUAAAGAAGAUGUUUCAGAAUAGUCUGGAUACCCGAUGAACUCAAUAAUUUCUUGUUUUAUAAAGAAAUAG